AUGGUGCACGAUGUCUUCAAGGUUCGGGUGGAAAUUGAGUUUCGACCCUCAACGCGCCGUGGCAUGCUCAGCAUGCUUGGCCAGGUAUAUGAUCCAUUGGGGUUUAUUCAACCGUUUUUGAUUCCCGCAAAGCGCAUUUUGCAGGAUUUGUGUUUUUUGGGUUACUCGUGGGAUGAUCCUGUCGAGGGAGACUUGUAUGAUGGUUGGGAGAAAUGGAUCAGCACCUUGCCUAGUUUGAGGGAGUUGACUAUACAACGUUGCUACAAACCGGAAGGAUUUGAGGCGGCGAAUGUGCAGCUUCACUGUUUUUGCGACGCAAGUAGAGUGGGCUACGGUGCAGUAGCGUACCUUAGGUUGGAGAACGAAUCCGGCGAGGUUCACUGUGCAUUUGUAAAGGGUACUGCGCGUGUUACCCCCAAGAAGCUAGUGACAAUUCCACGACUAGAAUUGACGGCGGCAGUCGUUGCUACAGAACUUGCUCAUUCUGUCACAAAUGCACUAGACUAUGAGAUACACGAAACUUGUUAUUGGACAGACUCGAUGACUGUGUUGCAGAUGUUGAAUAGUAGAUCACAGCGCUUUAAGACUUUUGUAGCCAAUCGGGUUAAUAUUAUUCAAUCAAUCUCUGAUGUGUCGCAGUGGUCUCAUGUUCCAACAAAUGAAAAUCCAGCAGACAUCGCUUCUCGUGGCCUUAUGCCAGAUAAGCUGGAUAAGGCAAAAUUAUGGUUUCAAGGUCCGAGUUUUUUGUGGCAACAAAGUGUUUCAUGGCCUGGCACUUCAUCAGUGUCAGAUACCAUACCAACUAAUUCCGAUUUACAUUGUGAAAUUAAGGUGAAUCUUGUUGAAGUUCAAAAGAGAUCCCAGUAUUUUCCUGAGUUAAUAAAUCGCUAUUCAACGUGGGAAAAAUUGUCGAGAACAAUUGCAUGGAUGUUGCGUUUUAAGUUUUUUAUUUUGUGGAAAACCUGUCGAUCAAAUGACUCUCCAAUGACUGGAGAUUUAACUGUUACGGAACUUAGUGUAGCAACUAUUCAGAUCUGCAAGUUGGCCCAAAUUGAAUCGUUUUCUCCAGAGCUCGAAUAUUUUAGUGAGCGUGUACAUGACGGACCAGACUACUUGAGCAGUGGUUGUAAGUUGCCUACAUCACCACAUUCUAAGGCUCUCAUUAAACUUAGCCCAUUUUUAGACAAUGAUAUUUUGCGGGUGGGUGGCCGUCUUCGACACUCACAUUUAUCACCGGAGCAGAAGCAUCCAAUAAUAUUACCACCUCAUCAUCAUGUAACAAAAUUGAUAAUAGAGUAUUAUCAUCGGCAAAAUGGUCAUUCUGGUACAUUGCACACUCUUUCCUCUGUGCGGGAAAAAUUUUGGAUUCUUUGUGGACAGGCGGAAGUUCGUAAGGUGCUGAAUGCUUGUAAAUUGUGCAAGUUGAGGGCGAGUAGACCUGGUUCACAGUGGAUGGCUCCUCUGCCAGAGUCGCGUGUUCUGGGUGGUCGCACUCCUUUCUAUCACACUGCUGUAGAUUACUUUGGCCCAUUGAAAGUCAAAUUGGGACGUAAGGAAUACAAGCGGUAUGGAUGCAUAUUCACCUGUUCAGUCACUAGGGCUGUUCAUAUUGAGGUCUCGGAAUCACUUGAUGCAUCUGCAUUUUUGCAGGCCUUUUUUCGAUUUUGUGAUAGGCGUUCAAAACCAUCCCAUGUAAUUUCAGAUAAUGGCACAAACUUUGUGGCUGGUGAGAGACUUCUUGCUGAGGGGAUUUGUAAGUGGAAUCAGAGUCAAAUUGCAAAUUCUCUGUCACAACAUGGAAUUCAGUGGGAUUUUCAACCGCCUUUAGCACCUCACCAGAAUGGCUUGGUUGAGAUAAUGGUCCGGGAGGCAAAAAGAGUUCUUUAUGCGAUUUGUGCUAAAUCACGAACAUUUACUGAUUUUUCGCUCAUCUCCAUGCUGACUGGGGUAGAAAGAAUUCUGAAUGAUCGCCCAUUGACACCUAUUAGUGAUGAUGCAAGGGAUUUGGAGGUUCUGACACCAAAUUCCAUUUUGACUGGAAAUCUUGAUCCCUCUAUUGCUCCCGAUAAGUUUACGCGCGGUGACGAGUUUCGCGAAAAUUGGAGACAUGUCCAGCUCAGUCUUGAUCGAUUCUGGAAUCGCUGGACAAAGGAGUAUUUACCGCUAUUGCAAAAGAGACAGAAAUGGCUCUUUCCUGAGAGAAAUUUGAAAGUGGGUGACAUUGUGCUUCUGUAUGGCGACGAUACUCCGCGCGGCGUUUGGCCCAAGGGUAGAGUGAUUGAGGUAUUUCCCGAUAAGGAUGGGAUGGUUAGGAGGGUUAAGGUUCAUACUAGGAAUUCUGAUCUAGUUCGUGAUGUUAGGAAACUCUGCCUACUUGAAGCUGCUUAA